AUGCUCAUCUUUGCUGCUUUCGCUAUCGUAUGUCACUGGGUUCUGGCCGAGAGACAAUGUCCGGUUCGGAUUCUGUCCAAGAACGUGCAGAGUCAGUACGUCCAGAAUCCGGGCGACGACGACCCCAGCGAUUCGGAAGGCUCUCGGCUACAGCCCGUCGCCGGGAACUCGGGCAUUCUAGUCAGUAGCCAUUAUUAUUCCGUCACUAAACCCAGCUACAAGUGUCAGUUUCUGUUUUUGGGCGCUCCAGAUGAGCACGUCCAGAUAAGCUUCAUUGACUUCCAUCUGUCCGAUGCUAAUUCCUCCAGAAAGUAGGUUUUCGAGGGUAUUCAGAAGCCAAAACAAUGUUAGUCCGGCAUGAAAAGAGCAAGUAGUUGUUUGGUGACUUCAACAGCUGCCUUUUAUGAUUGUCGUAAUUUGGUCAAGAAAUCCGUAGAAUAAUUGUUUCCUUCUUCUCUUGUUUAUCUUUUUUUAAUUGCAAAAAAGGGUGUGACAACAUUUCACAUGUAGAUGUGAGGAAUCCACGCACAUCUCGGUCAACGUGCUGGUCGGAUCAAGAAUGUCCAAGAUCCAAGACUUUUGUGGCCGCGAGCUGCCCGCCCCCUUGAUUUCGUCUCAGAAUCUGCUGACGAUGGAGUUGAAUGUCCGUGAUGUUCAGUUCCCAAUUCCCCAUUCCCUCGGUUUCAAACUAAAAUACAACUUCAUAAAAGGCUUCGGAAGUCAGCACAAAGCCGAUCUCUCAGUCAAGCAGAAUGGAGGUAAGGACCUACAAUAAUGUAAAAAUAGCUUAAUUAGUUUGCUUUCUCGCACACGGUGCUGUUCUUGUGAGGAGCGUUAGUCUUCUGACUAUAUUUACUCUUCAGACUGUUCAUUCGCUUUCUACGGUGAAAAUGACACUUCUGGAGAGUUGUGGAGCCCCAAUCAUCCAGGAUUCUAUCCCCGAAACCUGGAUUGUGAGUAUACUUUUAAUGGUAAACCAGGCCAGAUCGUCGUGAUCCACUUCCAGUACUUUGACGUCGAAGGGUUCGGACAGUACGUUUUGUUUCAUAAAAAUAUUACACUGUAAAUCAAUGUCAUAUAAUAGCAUGUGACAAAAUAACCUUCAGGUGCGAAGAGUCGUCUCAAAGUGACUUCGUGCUCUUCAGUAACUACAAGACUGUCGACCGUACAAACCGCCGCUUCUGUGGCUCUAGCCGACCGCCGAAAGAACCAAUACAAAGCGAAUCCAGCUACUUCCGGAUGCAGUUUAAAACAAACGAAAUCUUCGACGCGACCGGCUUCUACGUGUACUACCAAUUCUUGAGUCCACGUAAGUCGUCGCGGAACACUUACGUAACCAACUAA